GUAUGUAUAUGUGUGUGUAUAUAUAUAUAUAUAUAUAUAUAUAUAUAUAUAUAUAUAUAUAUAUAUAUAUACAUACAUUCUGUACAGGGGCAGACUGACAAUUCAUGGGGCACAUGGGCAAUAGGGGAUCAUGGGGCCCCUGUGUCCUUGCCCACACUCAAAGCACACCCAAAAAAGCCUAUAAAAGGUACCAGGGGCAUCUCAUGGGGCCCCCUACUGACCCCGGGCCCUCGGGCAGUGCCUGAGUUUCCAAAU